AUGGCGCGAGGGUCCCCGCAUAAGGCUGGCUGGGAUGAUUUUAUUAUCUUCUUUUCGCUGGCUCUCAGUAUCAUUGCCACGGCCUUCGUAUCAUACUCGGCCACACUUGGCCUUGGCCGACAAACCGCAGCAGUUAUCGCUGAACAUGGCGCGGAAAGGACGGCGAUGAUGGCCAAAUGGCAGAUUAUGGGAUUUCCAUUUAACAUCGGCGCAUUCAGUUUCCCUAAUAUCUCCAUCUCCAUCCUCGUCAGUAACCUCCUCGAUCCGAAUGAUCUUCGUACGCGGCUACUCUACGGCAUGUCGAUAUUGCAAGUGAUCUUUGCUAUGGUCUCCGUCUUUAUCGUCUUCCUACAAUGCCGACCAACUCAGAAACUAUGGAACCCCUCGAUGAACGGUACAUGCUGGGAUCCGGCGGUAUUCGAAGACUUCUCGUACUGGGUCAGUGCGUACACAACGAUGACGGACAUAAUUUUAGCGAUCGUCCCAAUCCAGUCGUUCUGCAACCUGCAGAUGCGGUUCUCGAAGAAACUGAGCGUGUGCAUCAUGAUGGGGCUGACGCUACUUUCCGCCAUCGUGACGAUCGUCAAGGCGACGUAUUUGCAUCUUUUCACCGAUAAGGUGGAUCCGCUUUGGAACGUCGUCCCACUAGUAAUCUGGGGACUAAUCGAGCAAAACGUCGUGAUCGUUGCAGCUUGCGUCCCAACCCUCCGCCCUUUCUUCCUUCGCGUCUUUGGUUCCAAAGGAUUCACUACCAGCGGCACCGGUACCGGCGCUUCAUGCUCCCGAUAUAAAUUCGUAUUUCAGCUCUCCUCGAACCUUACUCACACAGGGACUAAGCAUUCUGUAUCGGUAUCGGAGCUUCCGCUUGACGGGAGACAACAUAAGGGCGAUGGGUAUGAUGCGGAGAGUAAUGAUAGUCAGCAAGGGAUUUGGCGUACUAGGGAGGUGCGAGUCGAGAGUGAUGCCGAGGAAGAUGAGCGUAUGAUGGACAGGAAUUAUCGGGAAGGGGUACCGGAGAAUUUGAGGAGUCCAAGAUAUAUCCCAUCGACAUAG